GUAUAUAUAUUGUUCAGAAUUUGGAUAUUUUAUUCAUUUAAAAUUGACAUAAAUAUCUAAUACACUUGCGGAAACUCCGACCAAAUAUGGCUUUCAAGGAAAUCGCAAUGUUUUCCAGUUUAGUGGUGGUCAUCAUAAGCUACAAUGUACUAGAAAGCAAUGCAUUAAUGAUGCAACCAUUAAUAGACCAAGAUUUCUGUGCAGUAAAAGCUAGUUUGUACGAAUUGGGAGAGGCUGAGAUGAACUUGAUGGACGAUUCGCAGACAUUAAACGACAUGCAAAGAGAAUAUUUUGCUGGAAAAGUUGACUAUUCUGCUGUGGAAAGAGCAAGGAAUGAACUUAAUAAGUCCAAAAACAAGUGGUUCCAAAAAGUUAUACAAUAUCUCAAGGCAACAAAUGAAUUUGAGCCCACAAUCAACUAUCAAACCUCAGAUCCACAAAAAGUUUACCAUCAAAUGGAUGACUUGGACAAUUAUAAAGAUGCUCUAGAUGAUAUGCAUGAAAAUAUCCUUAAAUCAAUGUCCCCUACCGUAGCCCAACCUGUUGUAGCAUAAAACUUAUUGUAAUUCUAUGUUUUGUUUUUGACUAUGAUGUAUGUUAUUUUUUUCUAUAAAUCAAAUGUAACCGACUUCGAUUUAAAUAAAACAAAUGAAUCAUCUUUAAGUAUCCAAUAAUAUAUUUUUAUAAAUUAAUUUUAUGUUCCGUCAAAAUCCCUUCAGAAAAAAUAAGUAUUUUACUAGUAUUAUAUACCUUUAGUGGAUCAAACAAACUGUAUAAUUAUGCACACCUAUUAUUUCACGAAUAAAACAUUUUAGUGAAGUUUUAGUAAAUUAAAAAUAAAUGAUUAUUUAUUGAUA